AUGGGGCUGCCCGGGCCGCUGCCCUACAAGAUCGUCUGCUUCGUGGACCUGAGCCUGGACACCGCACGGGACCAGUGCGCGCGCCAGGCGGCCCUGGGCGCCGUCGGCGUGCGCCAAGUCCUGAAUUUGGCGCCGAGCUGGCCCAACGUCCGCGAGGACUUCAUCGCCAACGCGACGUUUCGCGAAAACUACAAGAAGCUGGCGGACCACGGCCUCUCCUUCGACGCGCAGCUAAACCCGCACCAACUACAGGCGUUCGCCGAGCUCGCCGCCGAGGCGCCGGGCGUCCCCGUCAUGAUCAACCACGCGGGCACGCUGAAGAUCGGAGGCCCGGACGACCACAUCCCGACGCGCGAGGAGCACGCGCGCCAGACGGCGCUCGACGACGCGGCGCUCGAAGCCUGGAGCGACGGCAUGAAGCGGCUCGCGGCCCUCCCGCACGUCUCCGUCAAAAUUUCCAUGCUCGCCUACACGUUCCCGACGUACUGGAAGCACGAGACGACGCGGGCGAAGGCCAAGGCGUACGCGCUCGAGCUCGUCGGCCUCUUCGGAGCGCGGCGCUGCGCGUUCGCGUCGAACUACCCCGUGGACCUGCUCGACGGCCUCGACAUGAAGACCAUGUACGCCGAGUUCCGCGCCAUGACGGCGGACCUGCCCUACGCGGACCAGCGCGCGCUCUUCCACGACACGGCGGCGGCGUUCUACAAGCUCCAGCUGGAGGUCGACGAGGCGCGGGAGGAGCCGCUGCUCGUCCACGAGGACGAGGCCCUCGUGCGCCACCUGCUGGAGACGCGGGCGACGCCGUCGUGGAUGCCGCUCAUGAUCGUCGCGUCGGCGGGCAUCGCGCUGUCCGCCGACGUGCCCCUGCUGCCGGCGAUGAUGGCGCGCUUCGGCAAGGGCCCGCGGGGCGUCGCCUGGUGGGUCGGCGUCGCCCAGGGCUGCUACAGCGCCGCGCAGUUCGUGAGCAGCCCGCUCAUCGGCCACUGCAGCGACGUGCGAGGCCGGCGGCCCUUCGUGCUCGGCGCGCUCGCGACGUCCUGCGCGGCGACGCUGCUCUGCGGCUUCGCGUCGUCCGCGGCGCAGGUCGUGGGCCUGCGCGUGCUCGCGGGGCUCACGAACAACAACGUCGCGCUCGCGCGCGCGCUCGUCGCCGAGGCGCCCGCGGCGACCGCGGGCGCGCGCGCGGAGCGCUUCGCGCUCCUCGGCGCCGUCUUCAGCGCGUCGCGCGCCGGCGCGUCCGCGCUGACGGGCUGCCUGAGCGCCGCGCCGGCGCCCGCGGCGCACCCCUACGCGACGCCGCUCGCCGUCGCCGCCGCGCCGAUCUUCGCGACCUUAUGCCUCGCGGCGUGCUGCCUCGGCGGCAAGCACGAACCCGCCCCGCGGCGGCGGCUCCAGCUCGCCGUGCAGGGCGGCGGCGCGGCGCCGGCGACGCCGCCGGGCCCGCCGCCGGGCGCCGCGGCCGCGCUCGCGGCCGUCUGGCGCGACCGGCGCCGGCGGCUCACGCUCGUCCUCGUGGGCCUCAACGGCUUGCAGAGCGGCGCUUUACUCGUGGGCCUCGUGAGCUUCCUGGCCCUCGACGAGGCCGACGGCGGCGUCGGUUUAGGGCCCGCGCCAGCGCCCGCGCGCGUCGGCUACACGCUCGCCGCGUUCUCGCUGUCGGGCCUCGCGUUCUACCGGGGCCUCUUCGCCGUGCUCCGCGACCGCUGCGGCAUCGUCGCGCUCUACGCGCGCGUCGGGUGUCCGUCCCUGGCGUUUGGCUGCGCUCUCCUGCCCUUCGGGGGCGGCGGGCCGGCCUACGCGGCGCGGCCGCGCACCGUCGCCGGCCGCGGCGGCCGCCUCGCGUGCCUCGGCGCCGCGCUCGUCUGCCUCGGCGUCGGCUCGGUGCUCGUCGCGCCGCUCCUCAACGUCAUGCUCGCCGCCGCGACGCCGCGGCGCGCCCACGGCGCGACCCAGGGCACGGCGCUCGCCGUGAGCUCCCUCGCGCGGUCCGCGGGGCCCCUGCUCGCGGGCGCGUCCGUCGCCGCCGCCGCGCGGCGCGGCAACGUCCACGCGCCCUUCCUCGCGCUCGCCGCGACGCACGUCUUCUGCGGCGCGCUCGCGACGCUCCGCGCGUCGACGCUCGACGCGCCCGUCGCCGCGGACGACGACGGCGGCGCGGGACCGGCCGCGGCCGCGGCGCCGCGGAACCCCUUCGUCGACUCCGACGACGAGGACGACCAACGGCCGCCGCCGCGCCGCCGGCGCCACUCGUCCUCCUUCGACGACGUCCUCGUCGACCUCCCGCACGCGCACGCGGAGGACGUCCUCUUCGCCGCCUACGCGAUCACGUAA